GGCAAGCCAUUCCUAAGCUAUCAAUCGUAAAACUAAUAUUCUAGAACUCAUAAUUGCAUCACUACACUACAAUUUCAGAGAAAGUUAAGUAACACAAAUUCGUUUUAGUUAUCCGAAUAAUGUUGUCAAGAUCAGCCCUUCGUCCUUUGACCUUAGCCAGCUUUCGCUCGGUCGCCACCAAUGCAGCUAAAGGAGCCCUCAAAAUCAAAGGGCAAGGACAUCUUUGCAAAACUCAACUGGGAACCCCACCAGAGGAGUGGGUCAAAGGACCAAUUGGCGUGGGCAUUAUAACAUAUUUGUGCUCCGGGGACUUCUGUGCCUUGAGGCACGAGCAAAGCGGUUUGACUUUUGGAAUUAUGGAAGACGGAUAUAGCACUGGACUAACCAUUGGUGUUAUAACCGCUUUCGCUCUGAUAAAACUUGUUCCCGUAAUAGCCAAGUGGACUGAUGGCGAGAUCAAGAAAAUCGAAUCUGGCAUCAAGGGGAGUAGCAUGAAAAAACUAAAGGUAAUGUCUAUUUCGUCUUCGAAGGAGAUGCAGACUCUCACCAGGCAAAACUUGGAUCGGAGUUCUCUGCGUGAAAAAUCCUACUAAAUGCUUUAAUUUUCGUAUUUAAAAAAAAACACAUAUAAAUCUGUAAAAAAAUAAAUUAAAAAUAUCGUGUGAAAAAAA